AGUGGUGGUCGUGGUAAAGGUGGUUGUGGUGUGUUGCGAUGGUGGUGGUGGUGGCGGUGGCUAGUGGCGGUGAUGAAGCUACAUGUUUUCAAAACUAAAAACUAAAUUCUCUUGGGCCUGGCACUCACGAGGUUUUGAGUUUCAUUUUCCAACCCUAAGCCACCCUUCUCCUCUGUCCACUCACUCAAACCUUUGCCGCUCGUGUCCCUCACUUGACCAAAGCUAAAAAUCCCAAGCUGCAUAAGAACAACGUUGUCCCUCCUCCGCCGCGAGCUUCUUGUUGCUGCCAACAAUGGUGGCCUUUGAUCACUUCGUAGACGACAUGAACGACGUUGAACUCAAGCCCCGCUUGCUUGACACCCUUAUCAGUGACUCACUUUCCAACCCCUCUGAGAUCUCCAAGGUCAUCUCUCUCGUCAAAACACAUGCUCUUUUAUCUGAGUCUUUCACAGAAUCCAUGAACCCCGAGCUAGUUGAACACUGGAAAUCUGCUGUUACAUCAUGGUUCCAACGUACUUGGACCCUCCUUUUUAGCGAUAAAUAUUGUUGGGCAGGUAUAUCUUUGCUGGGGGUUACUUGCCAGGAAUGCAGCGCUCAUCGUUUCAUAGACUCUUACUCUAUGUGGUUCCAUAAGUUGCUCACUUUUCUACAGGCACCAGCAGAUUCUCACCGAGUGAGGGUGGCUUCUUGCGCUUCAAUAUCUGCUCUAUUUGCAAGGUUAAGUGGAUUUCCUAAGCUCAAUAAAUAUGGAGUUUCCUAUGCUGUGAAAGUCAUUCAGCCUGUUUUGAGGAUGAUACAAGAUGAGAACUCAGAGGCAAUUUGGGAAGCUGCAGUUAAUGUGUUAUGUACCAUAAUAACAUCAUUCCCAUCUUCUAUUCUACAUCAUGAUAAUGAUAAAGAUAAUGAUAAAACUGUUGAAUCUGCUAUUGUUUCAAAACUUUUGACUGGAGGAUUCAGUCUUGAUAUAUUGAAGAAUCUUGCACAUUGCCUUGCAUUACUUCCAAAAUCAAGAGGAGAUGAAGAAAGCUGGUCUUUGAUGAUGCAGAAGAUUUUGAUUUUAAUAAAUGUUCAAUUAAAUUUGGCAUUUCAAGGUUUAGAAGAAGACACCAAACGUUAUGAGGUUAGUAGAUUGUUGGUUCCCCCUGGAAAACAUCCUCUACCACCUUUAGGAGGACAUGUUUUGGCAGAAGCUAGUAACAAAGAAGCAAAGAGGUCUGAACAAUCACUAAUGUCUAGUGUCUCAACGCUUAUGUUUAGCUGUUGCACGAUGCUUACAAGUUCAUAUCCUGUUCAGGUAAAUGUACCUGUACCCUCGAUAUUGGCCCUUGUUGAGAGAAUUUUGAUGGUAAAUGGCUCUUUGCCACAAAUGUCUUUUCCAUUCAUGACCUCAACGCAGCAAGAGAACAUCUGUUCAGAACUUCCAGUUUUGCACUUAAGUAGCAUGGAAUUGCUUAUGGCUGCCUUAAAGGGCAGCGGAAGUCAACUAUUACCACAUGCUGCCUCUAUUGCGCGUAUCAUCACACAGUACUUCAAGACAUGUGCAUUGCCUGAAUUAAGGAUUAAGGUCUAUUCAGUGACAAAGACUCUGCUCAUAUCCAUGGGUGUUGGAAUUGCUAUGUACCUCGAGCAGGAAGUAGUCAACAAUGCUAUUGCUGAUCUGAGUACCAUUGAGAAUAAGAAUGGUGUCACAUUGAAUUGUUCAAAUUCAGGCGUCUCUAUUGGAGUGCCACCGCCAACAAAUCAUAGAAAAAGGAAGCAUAUCAGUAAAGCUGGUUCUCUUCAGGAGCAUGUCGAAAGUGCUGGUUUAGGAGUGAAAGAUCCCAAGAACCGUCCACUAACUCCAAUUUCUCUGAGGAUAGCUGCACUCGAGGCAAUAGGAGCUCUCCUUUCUGUGGCUGGUGCUUUAAGAUCUGAAUGGUGGAGAUCAAAUGUUGAUAGACUUUUGAUGGUCAUAGCAAUUGAUUCUUUCAAAGAAGGACCAUCUAGUGAAGAAAUAAGUGUGUUACAGCAAAAGGAUCCUGCUGCAACUGCCGCAGAUUUGCAGCUUGCUGCAUUGCGUGCUCUUUUGGCAUCUUUUCUUUCGUUUGCUCGGGUGCGACCUCCAUAUAUAUCCCAGGGUCUUCCUCUAUUCCAUAGAGGAAAGCAACAAACAGGAACUAAACUUGCUGAGUUCUGUGCCCAUGCUCUGUUAACCUUGGAAGUGCUGAUACAUCCUAGGGCACUUCCACUAUUAAAUUAUGACUGUGCAAUUAACAAUGAAGCUCAGCGCAAUAUCCAAGAUGAAUACGGUAGCUGGAACAGCAGCAGCACCGCAUUUGGUUUACCGCAAACUGCACUUCCAGACUAUUAUGAUGAUUUAUAUGCUAGAUGGCUGGAAACUGGCAAUAAUGGAGCUCAUGUGCCAUUGGCUAAAGAGAGGAGCGAGAUGGCACCUGAGACUGCCGCCGGCAAAGAUGUUGAAAUGAGAACCGAGGGGGAUGCGUUCGUUUUCAUGGCCGGAAAUUCUACGGUUCUAUUUCAAGAGCCCGUUCCUUGCACCGCAAGCAUCCUUGACACCGGCACUCACUUCAGCUCCGAGAGGGUUGUUUUUGACAGCACCAUGCCUAAAAGUAACAGUUCAUUGCAAGGAACAUCUGAUUCAACCAGGACUAGAGACUUUGCAUUUAAAUUAGAUUAUGGCUGUUCAGUGACUGAGGAUCAUCCUUUUCCUGCUAUUGUGGAUGCAGACCCUGAUACAGACUCUGAAUAAGGCGGAGAUUUAUUUAAUUUCUUUUUGGUCCAAAGAAGCAUAAAGAACUGUAUUUCAUAAAUACCUUAUAACUUGAAGUAAAAAAUUUGUAAUCUCUUUUGGUAUCUGGUUUUCCUUUGGUUAUGCGUUAUGCAAAUUUUGAAUGACCAAGGGAAAUGUGGAUUAUAUAUUGCGGAAUAAUAUGAAACUGAAAUGGAAAAUUCAACAUAAAGGGCAUAUC